CAACAUUUCUUUGGCUUUUGUGCUACCAAGAAGCAAGUCCAAGUGUACUGUCAUUCGACUUCAUUCGAGGCACAGCAUCAGCAAGUAUGCGCAACCUGGAGCAGCGAGUAACCUAGCGCAGACUGUCGAAAGACCGAACGUCGCAGUGCAGAUCACGACGCUCAUCCUCGAUUGGACGCUUGUUUUUUGAACUGAAAAAAGAUCAAGAUGUAGUCACGACGUGCUGCCGUGAAGCCCUGGCGUCGGUUUCCUAUUUUUGGGCAAACGCGAGGAGCGCAGGACGUUGUACUACAUCAGAAUAAUAGCAGUACCUAGUCGUACAAGUAAGUACAACAAUAGCACUUGUUCAUCUCUGGUGGAGAAUAAAUUGUCGGCACAUGAUGCUGGAUGCAAAGGACGAAACAAAGUACUUAGGACUGAAAUCAAUAGCAGAGCACGAUCUUCGUCUUCUAAGCGGCCUCCAAAAGUAAGAUCAGUAGCAGACCUUGUCUACGAGUAAGAAGAAUACCUUCAAGAACACUUCGUGACAGACAAUGGAGCACGAUCCGCUGAUAGUCAAGGGCAACCGUUUGCUCUUUGACCGGCGAAAAAAAGAGAAGGAGGCAGGGGGAGACGGCGCUGGAGCCGUCAGGCUAGAUGACCUUUUCCAGUUCCUAGUGCCACUCAUUCACUACCUCGUCGGCCUCAUAUCCUGCGCCUACUAUCUGGUAUGGCUAUCAUCCCACAAUUAUUUUUAUUCUUUUCGGAAGCAAGCACGAGGACGAGCGGGUCCUCUUGAUGGAUCGUAUGAAAAUAGACAAUUCAGGGAUUAUAUGAAUGAAGACCAUGAGCAUGAGGAUGAUACUCUUGCUGCACUAUAACUUUAGAUAGUGUAGUACAGACUGAUAUGUGCUCACCAGGAGGACAGUUUCCGAGGACAAAAUAAGGUGGGGCUCUUCAAUGUAGCAUGACAAUUUUUACGUGGUCGUACCGAUACUUGUGGCGCUAGCGAGUCUCGACGUGUUUUUUCUCUUCCUCGUCCAACAAUCAUGGGUGCGAGAGAUGGGUACUUCACUCUUAGACCUUCGGUUUUCUAUUUCUUCCCUAUGCAUUUAGAUUUAUGCAUAACUACUCACUUGUUCUUGUUGUAGCACGAGUAGAUCAGCCAGCGACAACUCGUACUUCUGGCAAGAAUCCGCUCUAGCUACAAACAGCGUCGAUACUAUACUAGGAUC